AUGGAAACCCAAUUGCAGCUGCAGAACGAUUUCUUUCCAGAGCAGCAGUUCCAGCACUGUAAGUACCAGCACUACUGCGGACGGGAGGAUCGGAUCGGCAAGCAGCACGACCAAUGCUGCACCUGCAUUAAUUGCACCUGUGAUGCGAGAAAAAGCCUCAUCUUUCGCGGGACGUCGCCGACCACUGUGGGAACUUUAAAGACACCUUCGGAAACGUCUUCGAGGCAAGGUUGCCAGUACAGCGUCUGUGAGUUCACACCCUCUAGUCAUGGUAGUUCAUCCAGGCAUCAUCAUCCUCACCAUCAGCAGCAGCAUUGCCGCGAUCGGCAGCGGGGCAGCCUGGGCAGCGGCCACAAAGACAGUAACUCCUACAAUGAAAUAGCCAUGAGCAGCUGCAGAUACAACGGCGGCGUAAUGCGGCCGCUGAGCAACUUGAGCUCGUCCCGCAGAAACAUACACGAGUUUGAUUCCGAGUCCCAGCCUUUGCAGCCCAUCUCAGCCGCAGAUGCGUCGGACAAUUUAGUAUCCAAGCCGGAGAAUAAUUCCACCACACUGAUGCCUUAUGCAUCGGGAGACGGAGCGGGAGGCUGCGGCCACAGCGGCGGAAAAUCGGGGAAAAAGAAGAACCAGAACAUUGGGGAAAAGCUCGGACAUAGGAGGGCCUUGUUUGAGAAAAGGAAGCGGCUCAGCGACUAUGCUUUAAUCUUUGGGAUGUUUGGGAUCGUUGUUAUGGUUAUAGAGACUGAACUCUCAUGGGGAGCCUAUGGAAAGGAGUCCCUCUAUUCAUUAGCGCUAAAAUGCCUGAUAAGCCUUUCUACAAUCAUUCUCCUGGGGCUGAUUAUCAUAUACCAUGCAAGAGAGAUCCAGUUAUUUAUGGUGGACAAUGCAGCUGAUGACUGGAGGAUAGCCAUGACAUAUGAGCGCAUCUUCUUCAUCUGCCUGGAGAUCCUGGUGUGCGCCAUCCACCCCAUCCCAGGGAACUACACGUUUACCUGGACAGCACGCCUGGCCUACUCCUACGUGCCAUCCAAGACAGAUGCAGACGUGGACAUCAUCCUGUCCAUCCCCAUGUUCCUGCGGCUGUACCUCAUCGCUCGCGUCAUGCUGCUGCACAGCAAGCUCUUUACGGACGCCUCGUCACGCAGCAUCGGAGCACUCAACAAGAUUAACUUUAACACACGUUUUGUGAUGAAGACCCUCAUGACCAUCUGUCCCGGCACCGUGCUGCUGGUCUUCACCAUCUCGCUGUGGAUCAUCGCUGCAUGGACUGUGAGAGCUUGCGAGAGGUACCAUGACAACCAGGACAUAACCAGCAACUUUCUAGGAGCCAUGUGGUUGAUCUCAAUCACGUUUCUCACUAUUGGAUAUGGGGAUAUGGUCCCAAACACAUACUGUGGGAAAGGAGUCUGCCUGCUGACUGGCAUUAUGGGCGCUGGAUGCACUGCGUUGGUGGUGGCUGUGGUGGCAAAGAAGCUGGAGUUAACCAAAGCUGAAAAACAUGUCCACAAUUUUAUGAUGGACACCCAGCUAACAAAAAGGGUGAAAAACACAGCUGCGAAUGUUCUCAGGGAGACGUGGCUCAUCUAUAAGAACACCAAACUGGUGAGGAAGAUGGACCACGCCAGAGUCAGGAAGCACCAGAGGAAAUUUCUCCAAGCUAUUCACCAAGCUCGAAAAUUGAGAAGUGUUAAAAUGGAGCAACGCAAGCUGAAUGACCAAGCAAACUCACUAGUGGACCUUGCUAAGACUCAGAACAUCAUGUAUGACAUGAUAUCGGACUUAAAUGAGAGAGGAGAGGACAUGGAGAAGAGGAUUGCCCUGCUGGAGACGAAGCUGGAGACUCUACUGAGUAAUUUGCAGGCUUUGCCGGGACUCAUCAGCCAGGUCAUCAGCCAGCAGCACAGGGACUUCCUGGAGGUGCAGCUCCAUCCUUAUGACAAACACAGCCCUGAGCGCUCACAGUCAGUGUCCCGACGAAGGUCGUCUUCCACAGCACCGCCCACCUCCUCCGAGAGCAGCUAG